AUGGCAUUGCGUGUGCCAUUCCGAUUCCCGCGAUCGCGCAUUUGGUCGAUGUUAGUGAUCAACGUGUCGUAUCUACUCAUAGCCACCGGGGUGGUGUACUUGGGGUUACUGGUAGUAGGCGGCGGGUCGGAGGCGCGGACGGAGUGGGACACGGGAAACAUCGACGCGGUGGAUCAGGACAUGUUUCGACGAGCCAUGGAGCAACCUACGCAGACGGAUCUCGCUGCCGUGCAACCGAAGAUCGCGUUCCUUUUUCUCGUCAGAGGGCCGCUUCCGCUCGAGCGAGUCUGGCAAAGAUUCUACCAGGGACACGAGGGGCGCUAUUCCAUCUACAUCCACGCCUCCACCCCCGACUUCGAGUGCGACAAGCACGUCAACUCCUCCGUCUUCCGCGGUCGUCAAAUACCCAGCGUUCCUAUCACGUGGGGCGGCCCCAAUCUCAUCCGCGCGGAGCGCCGACUGCUCGCCGCGGCGCUAGCGGACCCCGCCAACCAGCGCUUCGUGCUGCUGUCGGAGUCCUGCCUGCCGCUCUUCAACUUCACGCACGUCUUCGACUACCUCAUGGCCUCCGACAAGAGCUUCGUUACAAGCCAUGCGAGCGUGUGGCGGUACCGCAAGGAGAUGGCGCCGGUCAUCAAGGGCCAGGACUUCAAAAAGGGAUCGCAGUGGUUUGCGUUGACACGAGCGCAUGCAGCCAAGGUGGUGGAGGACAGCAAGUUCUACGAGACAUUCGUCAAAACCAACGCCGAGAUUCCCGAUGAGAGCUACAUUCAAACCAUCCUCGCUAUGCUGGACCGAAAAGCGGUGGAGCCGCGCAGUGUGCUGUACGUGCACUGGUUCACAUCCUCGUCCAGCCACCCCAUGAGCUACAACACAAGUCAAGUCACCAGGGAAUUCAUCCUCUCCUUGCAACGGAGUCGAUUCCCACCAGCCGAGACAGUGGGCUACCUCAAGCAGUCGCCCUCACGGCCAUGCACAGUUGCAGGCCGGCCCACACAUUGCUUUCUUUUCGCCAGAAAAUUUGACCCGGAAGCGGUUCCGGCUUUCCUUGCCUUGCGCGAUAUAAUCGGCUUUUGA